CGCAUUUAAACAUCUUCGUUGUUUGUCUGAUAGAAUUUUGGUUUCACGUGUUUUCUCGGCUAGUGCAGUUUGUAUUUUAAAUCAUAAUAAUAAAAAGGAAUUAAAAUGGCUUUGAAACGUCUUAAAACUAAAAAAUCUAAACGGAUGACGGGAAAACUUAAGCACAAAAUUGAGAAAAAAGUACGAGAUCACAAUAAAAAAAUAAAACGUGAAGCAAAAAAGAAUCCCAAGAAGGGAAGUAAGAAACAGAAAUUGAUACAGAUUCCAAACAUAUGCCCUUUCAAAGAGGAUAUUUUAAAAGAAGUCGAAGAAGUCAAAAAGCGUAAAGAAGAAGAUCGCCUAAAGAGGCGAGAAGCUUUUAAAUUGGAAAAGGAUCAAAAUAGAUUCAAAACUCUUGAGGCAAUGGUUGAUGAUGCUGAUGUGCGUGGAACAGUACACACUAUAAUGCACGAAAAUGACACUGGAAAUAAUCAGAAAGAGUACAAAGAAUCGGCAUCUAAGGAGCAAUCACUAAAGCAAUAUUUCAAAGAGUUUAAAAAGGUUUUGGAAAACGCCGAUGUUGUUUUGGAAGUCGUGGAUGCUCGCGAUCCUUUAGGAACUCGCUGUACAGAAGUUGAACGCGCUGUUCGUUCGGCCCAUGGCAACAAGCGCCUAGUUUUAAUAUUGAACAAAGCUGAUUUGGUCCCUAAAGAAAAUUUGAAUGCUUGGUUGAAAUAUUUCAGACGUUUGGGACCAGUAACGGCUUUCAAAGCAUCCACUCAAGACCAAAACACAAAAUUGGGCAGACGCAAAUUUAACCAAAUGAACUCUGAAAAAGCCAUGCAGGGCUCUAUGUGUAUCGGAGCCGAGUUGCUGAUGUCCAUGUUGGGUAAUUAUUGUCGUAAUAAAGGCAUUAAAACAUCAAUACGCGUAGGUGUUGUCGGCAUACCAAAUGUGGGAAAGAGUUCUAUUAUCAAUUCCCUGACUCGUGGCAAAACUUGCUCUGUUGGAUGUACACCCGGUGUUACUAGAGCAAUGCAAGAAGUAGAAUUAGACUCAAAGAUAAAACUUAUUGAUUGCCCUGGUAUUGUGUUUACAAGUUCCGGAAAUAAUGACAAUAUGCCAGCCGUUUUAAAGAAUGCCCAACGUGUAGGCGAUGUAAAAGACCCUUUCACAGUUGCUGAAAGCGUUUUGAAGAGAGCCAGCAAAGAAUAUUUCUGUAAAUUAUAUGAUAUCACUGAGUAUGAUACAUUUGAGGAAUUCUUUGCUAAAAAGGCUGCUAGAAUGGGAAAAUUCCUAAAGAAAGGAGUUCCCGACGUAGUUGCCGCUGCGCGUAGUGUAUUAAAUGAUUGGAAUACAGGAAAAAUUAAAUAUUGCACUCAUCCACCAGAAGUUAUAGAAAAUAAUGAUGUUCAUGUGAGUGCUUCCAUUGUUCAUGCAGAGGCUCGCGAAUUCGAUGUUGACAACUUCGAAGCAAUGGAAACUGAUAUUUUAAAUAACUUUGAUGUUAAAAAAGAUGAAGUAAUGGAAAUUACCUCUACCGGACCCGUUGAGUAUAAGGCACCGAAUGAAAAUGAGGAUGGGGACGAAGAAGCAAACACCGUCAUUGAUGAAAGUGAUUUACAUAGUAAGGGAAAGAAACGCAAAUUGGAUGAGGAUGGUAAUAGAAAACCAAAAACAGAUCCCACCAUGGAAUUGGAAGGAAAUCAAACACUCAACAGAAAUAUUAAGGAACAGUUGAAGAAAAAGAAGAAACAGAAUGCACGUAAUGAAAAGAAAGUUUCUAAAAUUGCUGAUGUUCUGGAUAAUUUCAGCAUAAGUACAUCAAAUGAUGAUAAGGAUGAUAAAUACGACUUUGAUGAGGACUAUGUAAUUGAAUAAUUUGUGCCUACAUAUAAUAUGUAUUUUAAUUUAUAGUUAAAUAAUAUGUAUAAUACGUUAUAUUGAUAGUUGGUAUUUAAUUUUUUUUACAUACAACAAAAAUAUAUCAGUUUUUUUCUUUUAUA